UCUCAUAAACACACCUGAAGGGGGGACUCACACAGACACAUUGCACACAACGAGCCACAGACACAACAUAAUAAUACAUAAACCUCACCGCACUGGUAGUUGGCUUCUACACUAUAAUGGACUUGUGGGGGUACCUGACCCGGAUCCUGACCUUCACGCUGGUCCUGGCAGUGGUGACAGAGACACAUGGCAGAGAAGUCUGCAAUUGUAAUGGCCGCUCCCAGCAGUGUGUGUUUGACCCAGAUUUGCUGGCACAGACUGGUUCUGGAUUUCGAUGUAUUAACUGCAAUGGUGGAACUGAUGGUCCCCACUGUGAACACUGCAUUGAGGGGUACUACCCACAACCAGACGGCACAUGUGGGCCAUGCCUUUGCCACACUGUAGGCUCGCUGAACCAGCAAUGUGAUAACAAUGGGCAGUGCCGCUGUAAACCAGGGGUGAUGGGUAGCAAAUGUGACCAGUGUCAGCCUGGAUUCCACUCUCUCAGUGACACAGGAUGCAGGAGAGAUGGCUGUCAGUGUGAGGCUGCAGGUAGCAGCGGAUCAUGUGAUGCUGGAGGGAGAUGCGUGUGCAAACCCACUGUGACAGGAGAGAGAUGUGACAGGUGUAAACCAGGAUAUUAUCACCUAGAUGGCUCGCGGCCAGAAGGGUGCUUACAGUGUUUCUGCCAUGGCCACUCUGCCACUUGCAGCAGUUCCAGCCUCCACAGUGUACAUAAGAUUAUUUCUUCCUUCCAGAAAGACACCGAGGGCUGGAGCUCAGUUCAAAGAGAUGGAUCCACAGCACCGGUACCCUUGCGCAUGUCCCGUCACCAGAAGGAAGUCUACAUAGCAUCAAGACAACAAGAGCCUCUGUAUUUUAAUGCUCCUGCACAGUUCCUAGGAGACCAGUCUCUGAGUUAUGGGCAAGCUCUCUCCAUAAGCUUUCGGGUGGAUCGCGGGCGAUACCGUGCAGGAACUGAAGAUUUGGUCUUAGAGGGAAAUGGUCUGAGAGUUACAGCUACACUAACGUCUUCUAAAAAUUCACUCCCCUGCAGAAUACCCCAAACCUACACAUUUAGACUGGAUGAACUUUCCAGAAGUCCUUGGACUCCGCAUCUCAGCCACUUUGACUUUCGACGACUUUUGCGCAAUGUGACUUCAAUUCACAUCCGUGCCACAUAUGGAGAAUACAGCACAGGAUACUUGCAAAAUGUUACUCUAAUAUCAGCACGACCAGUACAAGGGGAGCCGGCUCCAUGGGUAGAACAGUGUGUUUGCCCCUCUGGUUACCAAGGACAGUUUUGUGAGAGAUGUGCCCGGGGAUACCGCAGAGAAUCUCCAGGUCUUGGUGCUCUGAGCUCAUGUGUUUCCUGCAACUGUCCGGGUGGAGGACAUUGUGAUCCAGAUACUGGUGACUGUUACUCUGGAGAUGAGAAUCAGAAUAAUGAUUGUGCUGACUGCCCUCAGGGUCAGUAUAAUGAUCCUCGGGACCCCAUGAGCUGUUUGCCUUGUCCAUGCAGUGCUGGUAUUGGGUGUUCAUUGUCUCCAGAAACUCAGGAGCCUGUAUGUGAUGAAUGUCCCGUGGGGCUAAAUGGCCCCCGCUGUGAGAUCUGUGCAGAAGGCUAUUUUGGAGACCCCCAGGGUGAACGAGGAGCUCCGCGCCCCUGCAGGCCCUGCCAGUGCAAUAACAAUAUUGACCGGUCAGUGGAAGGCAGCUGUGACAGAGUGACUGGCGAGUGCCUGAAAUGUAUCCACAAUACAGCUGGGUAUUACUGCGACCUAUGCAAGGAUGGAUUCUUUGGCAACCCCUUAGCAACAGCUCCAGAACUCAAAUGCAAAGCCUGCUAUUGCCACCCAGUGGGGACUGUGCACCAAGGAUGUCAGAAAGAUGGUUCCUGUCAGUGUAAAACUGGCUUUGAGGGAAGGAGUUGUGAUCAGCCCCAGUGCCCCGACUGUUACAGUCAGGUUAGCACCAAGCUGAAUCUGUACAAGAGGCAACUCCUUAAACUUACUGGAGAAAAUAAUGGUCAGUCCCCAGCCAGGGGAGAGCUGGAGGAGAGAAUGAGGAAGGCAGAGGCAGCAGCACAAGGCCUGCAGAGAGACUCAGAGGCUGCUAAUGGUGCAGCACUGUCAUUGCAGAGGCAAUUCUCAGGUCUUCAGGGCACGCAGUCUGAUACCCAGAAUGUGCUGGAUCAGGCAAAGGAAAAGCUACAAGGGCUACAGACCCAGAAGAACCAGUACCAGGGGCAGCUACAGGACAUGGGGAGGAAGAUUAAUAUUGCAUUGCAGCAGUUACAAGGCAGCCAAGAAGAGCUGAACCGCAUGACAUUCCCUUCUACAAAUUUACCAUUGGACUCUGGCUCCUAUUCUAAGCUCAGACAAGAAGCCCAGGAAAUAGCAAACAGACUCGCACAGGAGGCCCAGACUGUGGCACAAGAUGCAGCAGAAGCACAGGGAGAUACUGAGAGGGCGCUACAGAUUCUACGCACAGGUGGGGCUGACCCCGAGACUGCAGACAAGCUGAAAGCAAGGAUGGAGGAGGCCCGCACACAGGCCAGAUCUCUAGAAACUGAGGCUAUACAGGCUGCAGCAGCAGCAGAGAGAGCCCACCAUGACAGCAUGCAAACAGCUCGGGCCUUUGGGCAACUGCCCCCCAUCACCUCUGUGGCAUUCCAGGCAGAACUGGAGCGGCUGAAGGGGGAAUCCACGGCACUUAAAACCAAUGUGGAUGCAGAUCUGGCCCAAAGCAAAGCUCUUCAGAGGAAAUUUACUACAUGGGAACAAGAUGCAGAGCAGCAGCUCCAGGAAGGACAGCAGAACAGAUUGUUGGCAGACCAAUUGCUCUCAAGGGCAAAUGCCGCCAAGACCAAGGCAACACAAGCAAUGAACACUGGAAAUGCAACAUUCUAUGAGAUUGAUGGAAUCCUCAUGAGCCUAAAGGGGUUUGGUGACCAAGUUGGGGACCGUCGCAGUGAAGCUGAAGAUGCAAUGCGUCGCCUCCCAGAGAUCCGGCUUAGGGUUCAGGAUGCAACAGAUAGCACAAAAAGAACAGAGACAGCCCUGAAAGGAGCAGCGAGUGAUGCGAGUAGAGCAGAGGGCAAUGCCAGAGAGGCAAAUAAUAUUGCCUCCGAAAUACAGCUGAACAUGCUACAGAUGAGCCAGGAUGCUAACAAUUCAGCAGAGAUGGCUCUGGCUUUGGAGCGGGAUCUUGCUGAGAUACGUAGACUGGCAAUAGACACUGGUGCAUCUCUGGAUGGUAAGAAUCAGGCAGCGGAAAGGGACAGUGCCGUUGCAGAUGAGGUUGCAAGGAAAGCAUUGGAAGCUGAAGCCAGCGCCCUGGGAGUCCAUGAUGCUGUAACUGCAACUCUUAGUACCUUGGAUCGGAUGCUUCAUAUAUUGGAUCAGCCACUGAACAUAAAUGAAGAGGGUCUAAAAGCUCUGGAAGCCAGCAUGGGGGCUGCUCGCACUCAGCUAAAUGGGCGUCUCAAGCCCGCUGUGCAAGAUUUGGAGCUGGCAGCACAGCUACAGAAACAAAAUAUGAUCACAGUAGAAAAAGAGAUCAGCCAAACCUUGAUUGAUAUUCAGAACUUACGUGACAUUCGGGAUAACCUACCACCUGGCUGUUAUAGUACAACUGCUAUUGAGAAGCCUUGAAAAUUUCUAGCAUAAAAACAACUAGUAAUCCUUGAACUCAAGCUGUACUGGAUCUAAAAACUCAAAGAAAAUGUGCAAUAAACCAACACAGACAGAACUCUUGCAAAUUCCCAUACUGUGAGAUAUGCGCUUUUAAGAGACAGACAAAUGGAACAUCCCUGAUGCAGGAAUUAAAGUGAAUGGGGACACAAACAAUUGAAAAUGAUGGUCCUUAUAUGAUUCCAGAGCAGAAAGGAGAGACUAUGCCAAUUAUUUCAUCUCUGUAUUGUAUUUCUAUUUAUUUAUUAAUAAAAUAUAACCCAAAUACUG